AUGAAUUCUCGAUUGCCGACUAUCUUAAAUACAACUUAUUUGACGUCAGGACUAAGUCGUGGAUUUUUUGAAUUUGUGACCAAGGUUGGCGAAGCUAGAAGCAAGCAGGAAGAAGAUCGAUAUGUCUCUCAAGAAAUUAUUUCUCUCAAAACCAAAUUAAAUCAACCCGAUAUUUCAUCUACGCAUGAACUUAGUAUUAUGCUAAUUAAUACAUUACAAAAGGACCUUAAGAGCAAUAAUUAUCUUGAAGUAUGCUCUGCAUUGACCGCUUUAUGUCAUUUACUAAAUAAGGAUAUGAUACCAGCUGUAUUUGGACUCGUAGAGGAAGCCUUAACACAUCCAAAAGAUAUUGUCCGUAAGAAAGCUGUAAUGGUGUUUCACAGAUUAUUUCAUGAUGCUCCAGAUACGAUGGUGCAUCUUGAUGAAAAAUUUCGUCAGAUGUUGACAGAACGUGAACCAAGUGUAUUAGGUUCAAUACUAUGUCUUUUUUUCGAAUUUGUAAAGGCUGAUCCAAAUAAAUUCAAAGAUUUGGUUCCUUCUCUAAUUAGCAUUUUGGAACAAGUUCUUGAUAGAUGGUUGCCACGGAGCUACGAUUAUCAUGGUGUUCCAGCACCAUGGAUCCAAAUAAAAAUAAUUGAAAUUAUGGGUUUACUGGCACAAGACGAUGAAAAGAUAAGUUCAGAAAUUGGACCUAUUAUUGUUCAUACUCUUAGAAAAGCAGAAAAUGGAGUGGAUGCUGCCUAUGCGAUAAUAUUCGAAUGUAUUAGAGCAAUAUCACGAUUACAUCCACAAACAUUAUCUACUCUCAUUCAUAAAUCUCCAAAUCUUAACCCAUUAAAUGUAAUAACUCGAUUUUUAAAAUCAAAUAAUCAUAAUCUCAAAUAUUUGGGAUUGACAUGCCUAUCUGAAAUCGAUCCAAUUUGGUGGAUCGAAGGCGAAUGGUGGGGUGAAGAACAAAUGAAUAUAAUUGUGGAUUGCUUAGAAGAGAGAGACGAUACUUUAAAGAGAAAGACAUUAGAUUUGCUUUACUCGAUGGUUAAUUCACAGAACGUUGUGGUGGUUAUGGAGCAUAUGAUAAAUGCUUUACGUACUAUUUCAACAACCGAUGAAUUUUCACUUGCUGGUGAUUUAUUGGAUGAUAAAAUUGUAAACUCUACAUUCCUGAUUAUCUCAAAGAGUAUUGAAAGUAAGGAAAAGAGUGAAGAAAUUCGUCAAUAUGCAGUAUCAGAAGCGAUAAAAAUUUUAGAAAGUGAUAUUAAUAAUAUGACUAAGAACCUAAUCUCAUGGGCUCUUCAGAUAUUAGGAGAAUUUGUGAAGUCUACUGAACUUCAGGAAAAAGUAUAUAAUAGAUUAUGUGAUCUAUUAACACAAGUUGAUUAUGAAAUUCAGGCUCAAGUAAUUACUACGAUGUUAAAAUGUGUCUCAAAAAUGAAAUAUUGCCCCGAUAAUAUAAUAGAAUGUGUAGCAAAAUGUUGUCAAUCAUCAUCCGGAGAUGUAAAACAGAGAAGCCGUGAGUUUAUAAUUUUAUCAAAAGACUUUGUAAUUUUGGACAAAAUUAUAAAACCUUAUGAAAAUUUUGAUGAUAUCACAAUUGAUGAAUCAUUAUCUUUUCUUGAUGAUUUCGUCGAAGAUGCAUUGAAAAAUGGAGCCAAACCAUAUAAUCGAAUACCAAUUACUCGUGAAGACACCAACGCAG